AUGGCUUCUAAAGUGUGUGAUGCAAUUAAUUUUAUCGAUGAAUAUUUUGAUGAUGAUCCGAACAACUCGAGAAAAGAGAUGUCUGGGGAUUUAUUAAGUAUGUAUUUCCCUAAUAAUAACUGUAGUAGUGAUGAAGAAAAGAUUAUCCCUGGUUUUAUAAUGUUACUAAAAAAGCUUGAUGAGGAAAGUUUAGAAAGUGAUCAAAUUGUUGAAUAUGCUAGUUUAUGGUUAAGUCAUAAACUAAAUCAAAAAAAACAAAAUGGAACGACCAGAUUAAACGAGUUUUAUACUAAUCAUAUAGAAACAAAUAGUUGUUAUAAGGAUAAUAUAGAUAAAACUACUGAUAGUAAUAGUAAUAUUAAUAUGACUGUUAUAGAAAAAAAAAUAAGAUCGAUGGAUAUUGAUAUUAAAGAUAUAUAUAAUUUUUAUGAUGCAUUUAAAUCAUUAUGUAACAUGUAUAGUGAAACUGAUGUAGACAACUACAAAUGCAAUAAAUGUUUAGAAAAUGCUGGAGAAUUUUUUGAAAAAUGUGAAAAAGUUAAAAAUGUUUUUGAUAUUACUAAAGGAAGUUCUUAUUUACAACUAUGGUUAAGUUUAUCAAAAGAUUAUAAAGAUUUUGAAAGUAAUUAUAAUAGUUUUUUGUGUAAUACUGGCCCACCACUUGUAGCUUGUUCACGAAGUUCAGUAACAAAAAAUACACUAAUUUCAAUUGCAAUUAUAUUUGUUGCAGCAUCAAUUUUAUUGGGAGUUUCUUAUAAGUAUUCGUUAUUUGGAUUUCGGAAACGAUUUCAAAAACAAAAAUUAAGAGAAAAUCUAAAAAAAUAA